AUGGCAGAAAAUCAAAACGAAGAUGCUUCGCCCGAGUGGAUGGAUUUAGAUAGUUUGUUAGCUCGUCAACUAUUUGCACCCGAUUUAUCACAGGACUACAACCUCUCUCUUUUUUUCUCCCCGCCAAACCUUCCGACAAACCACACCUCUCCCGCGCAACAUUCCUUCAUCCCCAUCCCUCGAAUCAAUCCCCCAUUUAUAUACCGACGCCAGAAACCCCCAAUCCUCAAAAGAACACUCACUACACAGAAUAAUCCGAUGCUCCCGCGACCAUCAACUCGCCGAUCCUACAGCACUGAGAAUCCCGUAGCUCCUGCAUUGUUUUACCCAGCAGCUUCUCAGGAGAAUGCUUCCGAGGGGGAUAUUUUGCAAUUAUCCCCGAUGAUGCAGUAUCUACAUCGAGAUCGUCUCGAUGAGUUUGAGAAGAUUGUAAAUGCGAUAGAAGAGGUAGAUGUGAGGAGGAGAUUUGUGCAGAUGGGAAAUCAUCCGCAGAGGGGAAUUGAGUUUCGGGAGUUUGUGGUGAGGGGUUUGGGGGUGGGGAGGGAAGGGGUGGAGGUUAGGAGGUUUGGGUUUGAGGAGGGGGUUUGGAGGGUUUGGAGGGUUGAUUUUUGGAUGGGGGAGAAGGGGGAUGGUAUUGGAGGAGUUGAGUAG